UCUUGGAAACAGAGAAUGAAAAGUGACAAAGGAAGACAAAUUUUAAAAACAGAAAACGAUUAUUAUCACAAUACAUUUGAUUUUAACGAAGAAUUUAGUGAAAAGUGUUCAAUUCAAUUUUUUUAAUUAAUUUGUUUAAAUGAGUUAUUGUUUUUUCGAAAAAUUAAUUCGUUAAAAUUUUGUGAUUAUCGUACCUGACUAAAUAAAAGUAAAAAAUUUGUCUAGUUUAAUUCCUUUGAAACUUAUUACGCUUAUAAAAAAAAUAAAUAUUAAAUUUUUGUGAAGAAGAGACAUACUUCAAACAAUAAAAAUGCCUGAAAUCAUCGAACAAUCAUACAAUGCACCAACAUUGUCUAACGUUGGACAUUUCGCUAAGACGAACCUCCUUAACCACAUCCGUGGCUAUUCCAUCAGCCAAGGGGAUAUUAGCAAGUUGUCGCCCAAGGUCCGCGCAUUUGUCGAGGAAUCUGCUCUUUUGUGCCAACCCGAGAAAAUCCAAAUUUGCGAUGGAAGCGAUCGCGAAAAUUCCUUGCUCACGAAAAUCAUGCUCGAGCAAAAGACCGUCAUCCCAUUGCCCAAGUACGAAAACUGCUGGUUAGCUCGCACCGAUCCACGCGAUGUUGCUCGUGUCGAGUCGCGUACCUUCAUUUGCACUGACAAGCGCGAAGAUACAAUUCCAUUGCCUAAAAAUGGUGCUACUGGUGCUCUUGGUAACUGGAUUUCUCCAAGUGACUACAACAAGGAGAUCAAGGCUCGUUUCCCUGGCUGCAUGAAAGGUCGCACAAUGUACGUUGUUCCCUUCUCCAUGGGUCCCGUUGGAUCUCCCUUGGCCAAAUACGGUAUUGAAAUCACCGAUUCGCCAUACGUGGUUUGCAGCAUGAGAAUUAUGACGCGCAUGGGACAACACGUGAUGGACAAAAUUGCCGAAACUGAUGACUUUAUCAAGUGUUUGCAUUCCGUUGGUAUGCCAGCUGAUGGUAAAAUUGUUGUUCCUUCAUGGCCUUGCGAUCCUGAACGUGUCAUCAUUUUGCACAAACCAGAACUCAAUGAAAUUGUGUCUUAUGGCUCUGGUUAUGGUGGCAACUCAAUUUUGGGUAAAAAAUGCUUCGCUUUGCGUAUUGGCAGCGUUAUUGGUCAACGCGAAGGCUGGUUGGCAGAACAUAUGUUAAUCUUGGGUAUCACCAAUCCCGAUGGCGUUAAAAAAUACUUGACUGCUGCAUUCCCAUCUGCUUGCGGAAAGACAAAUCUUGCCAUGUUGACACCAUCGUUGCCCGGUUACAAAGUCGAAUGUGUCGGAGAUGAUAUUGCUUGGAUGCGUUUUGACGAGAAAGGUCAACUUCGUGCGAUCAACCCAGAAAAUGGCUUCUUCGGUGUCGCUCCCGGAACUUCGAUGGCAACAAAUCCAAAUGCCAUGAAAACUGUCUACAAAAACACAAUUUUCACAAAUGUUGCUUACACAUCCGAUGGCGGCGUUUUCUGGGAAGGUUUGGAAAAGGAAAUUCCCAAGGAUGUCAAAAUCACCGAUUGGCUUGGCAACCCAUGGGAAUUGGGAAAAUCAAAAACUCCAGCUGCUCAUCCCAACUCGCGUUUCUGCACACCAGCUUCUCAAUGCCCCAUCAUCGAUUCCGCAUGGGAAGAUCCAAAAGGUGUUCCAAUCAGCGCCAUCUUGUUCGGAGGUCGUCGUCCCCAAGGCGUGCCACUCAUUUAUGAGGCAAACAACUGGACUCACGGUGUAUUUAUUGGUGCUGCUCUCCGUUCGGAAGCAACUGCUGCUGCCGAACACAAAGCAAAGGUUAUCAUGCACGAUCCGUUUGCUAUGCGUCCCUUCUUCGGUUACAACUUUGGUCAUUAUCUCUCCCACUGGCUUAGCAUGGAAAAACGCGCUAAAGAAUUGGGAGCUGAGCCACCAAAGGUCUUCCAUGUCAACUGGUUCCGCAAGGAUAAGAACGGUAACUUUAUGUGGCCCGGAUAUGGCGAUAAUUUGCGUGUUCUUGACUGGAUUAUGGCUCGUGUAACGGGUCACGAUGAAGCUUUCAAAGAAUGCGCAAUUGGCCGAAUUCCCACAGACGGGUCUUUGCGUCUCGAUGGUCUGGAAACACAAGUCAAUAUGGAGGAGUUGUUCUCCUUGCCAAAGGACUUCUGGAUCGAAGAGACAAAAGCUAUUGAGAAAUACUUUGAAGAUCAAAUUAACACAGAUUUACCCACAGAAAUCGCCGAAGAGUUGAAAAAGUUGAAGACUCGCGUACAAAAGCUUUAAUUAGUUCAUAAAUCACACGCAAUAGACUAUAAAGUAUUUCCCUCAUGUGUACACACUCCUAAUAUUAUUGAUGUCAAAAAGUUUUAAUUUUUGUUCAUAAAGCUCUAUUAACUCUCAUUACCUAUAUUCUCACAAACAAGUUUAAAGUUCACUGGCCAUGUACUCCAGACUUGUUUAUUACUUUUGCAACUAAUCCCCCUCUAUAUCAUCAAGUAGUAUACAAUAAUUAGUAGAUUGUAGAUUAGUAUUUCCUUUAGUGAAUAGUUAGAAACUAUGUUAAGUCCCCUUUUUAUACCGAUAGAUAUUCUUUAAGAGAAAAUAAAAACAAUGCUAUAAUAAUUUUUAUAAAUCAAAUCUUUUAUUAUUAUUACAAUUGUUGCAAAGCACUCGAAAACAAUUACCAAAUCAGCAAACAACAACUGAGAAAACAACUUGUUGUCAAGUUUACAUUGUCCCAUACAACUGACGACAUCUAUGUACUGAGAUUGCAAUGAAAGAAAUUUACAAACGCAAUACACAAGUCGAUGACGAUCAUUGAGGUUAUCAACGAUCGACUUGCACACGACAUUUGGAGAAACGAAGGACAGAAAGUAGACUUUACACCUCAUAAUAUUUAUUUUCAAGGUGUGUGCAUUCAUUCAAUUACCUAACGUCUUACCGUAUUGCCGUCAUCAUGAACUGAUUAUGAAAUGAAACUCGAAUCUUGUAGCUUUUGAAAAAAAGU